AUGGUUAAGACUGUGGCCUUGGAAAGCAGCGUAGUCUAUGCUUAUAAUUCCAAAGAAUUUUCUAGCAGCACAGGAUUAAUCUUGGCAUUGCCCAUAGCUUGGCCAUGGAUUAAAACUAUAGAACUGGCAGCAGAGACCUUGGGAGCAAUUCCCUUGAUUACUUGCUAUAAGGUGUUAGUGGAAGAAGCUCUCCUGGAAGAGAAUGACUACAACCAGAUGAUCAUCACUAGUUCUGAGAUUGAGAGCAUGUUAACCCAAGAGACACCAUACAGUUCACUUACUCCCUCUGACUCUCCUCUUUUGCAAUAUCGACCCUAUAGUCAUCCAGAAAGUGUAGAUCAAGAAAGUUUGGAGCCGGAAAAAUUUAGAAAAAAAAAAAAGAAGAAGAAGUCUUUCUGGGCCGGGUUCGUGGACGCAGCCGGCUCCCCACACCCCUCUCCCGCCCGCGGAGCACCUGCUUUCCGGUCUCCCCCUCCCCUGGGCCGUGCCCCGCGCGGGGCUGGGGCGCGGCCGGCCCACAGGCUGGCAGCCGCGAGGAGUGGGUGGCGCCCUAGCGCGGGCUGUGGGCGCGUCCCACCUGGGCUGGGGCCACCCCAAGCCGGAGCCCGUCGGGCGCGGGGCCAGGCUGGGGAGGGGCCGCGGGGAAGGGCGGAGGGCCGAGGACCCAGGGCCGCGGAGGGCGGGGGCGGCGGCGCGGGGCCCGGCCGACCGGUGCUUUUCGGACGGACGGUUCUGGCGGCUCCGGGGCUGGUGCGAGCCGAGCGCUUGUCCCCAGGGUCCGUGGCGUUGGCAGGUGCCGUCGGAGCGAUGGCCACGAGGGCCCUGUGGCUGGUGCUGUGCGCGCUGGCGCGACUGUGGCCGGGGGUCUUAGCGGGCUGCGCCGAGGCCGGGCGCUGCUGCCCGGGCCGGGACCCAGCCUGCUUUGCCCGAGGCUGGAGGCUGGACAGGGUCUACGGGACUUGCUUCUGCGACCAAGCCUGCCGCCUCGCUGGGGACUGCUGCUUCGACUACGCCAGGGCAUGCCCAGCUCGGCCCUGCUUUGUUGGAGAGUGGAGCCCUUGGAGUGGCUGUGCAGGCCAGUGCAGGCCAACAUCACGCGUGCGCAGGCGCGUGGUGCGCCAGGAGCCCCAGAACGGUGGGGCGCCCUGCCCGCCCCUGGAAGAGAGAGCCGGUUGCCUGGAGUACUCCACGUCACAGGGCCAGGACUGCGGGCACUCCUUUGUCCCUGCCUUUAUAACUACCUCUGCAUUCAACAAAGAAAGAACAAGACAAGUUGCAUCUCCACAGUGGUCUACACACACAGAGGAUGCUGGUUACUGUAUGGAGUUCAAGACUGAGUCCCUGACGCCUCACUGUGCCCUGGAAAACCGGCCCCUGACUCGAUGGAUGCAGUACCUUCGAGAAGGAUACACAGUAUGUGUGGACUGUCAGCCUCCAGCUAUGAACUCAGUGAGCCUUCGUUGUUCAGGAGAUGGCCUGGACUCUGAUGGAAAUCAGACUCUCCAUUGGCAAGCCAUUGGUAAUCCUCGAUGUCAAGGGACCUGGAGGAAAGUCCGACGAGUGGAGCAAUGUUCCUGUCCAGCUGUCCACAGUUUCAUUUUUAUAUAGAUAGCCAAGGAAAUAUUUCAAAAUUUGUAUGUGAAUGUACUUAAUAUUGUUAAUUUGUGUUCAAUGCUUCUUAAACCUUCCCAAAAUG